AUGCUGGAGGAGAAAGAUGUGACGCCUGCCAUGCUCGCCAAGGUCUUCAAGGACAUCGGCGAGAGUCCACAGAAGCUCCAAUCCCUGUUGAAGCUCUUUUUUGUGCCUUGGGUCAAGCCGGAGUUUGUGCCUGACCAGGACAAUGCCGUCGCCGGCUUAUCGGACGUCGAGUUCCUGGGAACUGCCGACCUCCCUGCGGACCAAAUGCCCUUUCGCAUGUUCGACGUCGAAACUGGCAACCUCGUGGAGUUCCCGGCCAUCGGCGUGCGGGGCCAGUAUUGCAUGCUGUCUCACCGGUGGAAGGGAGAAGAGUUCACGCUCAGCUACAUCAAAGAUGCGCGCGCAAAGGAGCUCGAGCGCGCCAGGGAGGCCACCCGAGACGGUCGCGGUGCAGAGGACUCCAGCAGAAAGAGCGACAUGGAGUUGGUCUUGGAGCAAUGCAAGCUCGACCUUGAGGAACAGGAGCGUUUGAUACGAGAACUCGGCGUCAAGGACGGAGUGGCCCACGCGGGCCAGGAUGUCGACAUCGGCGGCCUUCUUGACCGCCGUCUUCAGGCCCAGGCUGCUGAAAACAGACUCGGAUGGGCAAUUGAAGCCGAACAUUCGGCUAGAUCCAAGCUGCAUUUUGCCCGGAUGGAGUGCAAGUUAUUCAGCGACCUCCUCGCAGAGAUGCGGGAACAAGUUGAGGAGAAGAUGGAGCAGCACCUGGGCAAGAAUGCAGUGGAUCUUUCCACCGAGCCGCUAUCGCGGAACGAUGUCGGCAGCGACGUCGUCAAGAUGGCUCAGACCGCACUCGAGCGGGCCCUGGCGAAGAGUCAGGCCGCGCAGACGGCGCACAACCAAGCGGAGGUCGACAUCGAGUUCUUCCGGAAACAUCGUCACCUGCGAGAUGCGCUCGACGAGCUGGUUCGCCGCAUCCAAAGAUGGAAAUCGGCCAUCAAGAUCCAGCGGGCAAUCCAGCAUGCGGACCACAUCUUCAAGACCAAACUUUUCCACCGGCGGGAGCGAUGCUACUUGUGGACGGACACGUGCUGCAUCGACAAGACCAACGGCGACGAGACCUCCCAAUCGCUGUCCCUGAUGGGCGACUGGUACGCCAAAGCCGAGUACACGCUGGUGCUGCUGGACACUCCCUCCAACGCUUUGGACGCCGUGCAGGAUUGGCGUUGUUUCGAGGCUGGGAGGUGCGCACCCGAGGUGGCCGGUCCGCAGCAGUCGAUGGCAAACAUCGCGGACUUUGCGGCCAUCAAGGGGUCCGGGUUGGAGUGGUCCACACGGGCUUGGACGCUCCAGGAGCUGGUGAUGAGCAAGACGACUUUCUAUGCCAACUCCAACUGGGAACCCCUGAGCCGACCGGUGGAGAACCUGGGAUACUUUUACUACCUGAUCCCUUUCAUCUCUUUGCACACCCGGGGGGACAGCGGGAACAUCUUCAUGCCAUCGACCGCCGCCCACAACUUGCAAGGAUUCUUGGACGCUGCCAGUCUAAAGACCAUCCUGGGCGAGCACGAGGUUGCGAGGGUGGCGCAACGGCUCCAACAGCCCACGGAAAGGAAGGAAACCGCAGGCGAUGGAACCGAAAAUAUCGAGAGGGCCAUCCAGCUCAUCGCUCUCCUCCAGGGCCUCGGGGUUAACAUUCCCGGCGACCUCACCACGGAGACGGCGACAUCCGAGCUGGCUCGGGCGGUCUACCUCGCCUCGGCAGACUUGACUCAGGGCGAGAUAAGGGACAAUGAGAACGGCCAGCUGCUUCUCAGACUGAUAGAAACCCUCCUUCUCCGAUUGAAGGAAUACCUCCCAGAACCAGACAUCGCGUUGCUCCGUGCGCACCUCAGUGAGGAGGGCAGGAAGGAAGAAGUCGCACAGCACGCGAUCAACCUCGUCCUUCAGUGUCUGGUCGCGGAGACUCGGGAACUCGUCCUCGCUGACCGGAAGUACGUCGCCGAGUUCGGGCAGAUCCAACAGCUCGAGGCCUGGCAGACAGGAACGUGCAGAACCGGCUUCCCAGCCCAGAGCGUUUUGGAAGUGUCGGGAAGUCGGUAUGCUACGGUUCCGACCGACAGAGCGUACGCGCUGAUGGGCAUCCUGGACGUCCGCUUCCGCACCUUUCCAGCGGAGGGCUACACCAAAGCGCUGUCUCGACUGCUCGAUGAGGUGGUCAUUACCCGCAACGACGUCUCGGUGUUCAACUGGACCGGGAUGGAGAUGGGCAGUCCGAUCCGCGGGAGGUCGAUGUAUCCCGUCUCGCACACGGCCUACGGGAACCAGGAGGAUCGGAGCAGACGGUACAAUCUCCUCCUCUCCGCCAAGGUCCAGGACAACAUGGACGAGGUGUUGGCGACCUACAACAGCGUCAUUCAAACACUGCGCAGCGCCAUCAAGCUCGCCAAGGAAAAGGAGCACAAGAGCCUUCCCUUGAGAUGGAUUGAGCGGAUCGUGCAGCUAAUCCAGUUCAACACCUACAAAGAGCUCAAGCCGCAGCUGGAUGCCUUUGGCAAGAUCAUCGGGUACGUCCGAGAGCUCUGCAUAAAGGAGCAGAGGGAGAGAGAAGAGCGGGCCGCGCGGAAAAAGGAGGGGGCGCAGGAGCCAGGAGGUGCGGGCUCUGCCUCAUCUUCUGGGCCCUCCGGCAGCGGGUCAUCCCGUUUCAAGCUGCCUUCAGAGAAAAAGGUCUCUUUAACACGGCCCUCUCUGGGCGCGGGGGGCGAGGCUUCGGAAACCUCUGCCAAGAAGACAUCGAAAACUUCGCUUGGAAGUACCAUGAAAAAAGCCUCCUUCGGGCUCUCCAGGAAGGGCUCCAACCCCGUCGAGAACGAGCCAGUUGAAGAGCUCCCGGAUCCAGAGCCUGCGGAUGUCUCCCCCGCUCCGCCACCGCCCUACGAGGAGGCCGCGACUCUGCCAGCGCAGCCGUCAUGGCACGCCCUCGAUCGCGCAGUGAUGGAUUACCUGUCCAGCCCAACAGAGCAGCGCAUUAAGCAGAAACUUCCUCCGGAGAUCGAAUCCAUCACCGUCGAGCAAUCCAUCGACGCGUCUGACGGCGGCCCUCCCAGCGAUACCUUCAAACCCCAACAACCCUUACUCCAGCAGCAGCACAACCAAGACACCAUCUCGCCCAACCCCAUCAUCGUCACCAACUCGGGCAUCGAAGGCCUCUUGGACAUCCAGCGCGUCAUCGUGACCAUGAUCGACGCGGACAAGCUGCGGCGGCAGAUCGCGGCGGCCCCCGGCCCGGACGCGCGCAUCUCCGGGUGGUGCUCCAUCAGCACGGGCUUCGCGCGCGUCGUGACCAGCUUCGCGUGCGCGCGGCGCAUCCUCGAGCAGGAGCUCGACGUGAUCGAGUCGAUCGAGGCGCGCGUGCUGCACGAGCAGGACCGCGACGCGGGCGAGAAGCGCUUCGAGAGGCUGCGCAAGGACCUGACUGUAAAGACCACCGCCAGCACCGCCGGCGCCGGCGGCCCGGGUGGUGGGACGGGGACCCAGCCGGGUAAGCCGGCCACGGAGAGCCGCAGCUCGAGCUGGUCGCGGGCGAGUGGGUGCUGGCGCGUUUCUCGGGCGCGCCGGGCGCCAACUGGUUCCUCUGCCAUCUGGAGCUGGGUCCCGGGCGCGGGCAGUUCUACGGGCACCGCAUCGCCACCGGCGCCAUAA